ACAACAAAUAGGAUAAAUAGUUCAGUACUGUCAAAUAUAUCAGGGUGUCGAUGAUCCAGAAGCCAGCCUUAAAAAACGGCCAGAAGUACAUCAAUGACACGAUAUGUAAAACAAGUUCCACGGAGCCUCAGCAGCAGCAGCGCAAGGCUGAAAGGUCAAGUCAUGUGCAGGACGUAACGAAGCAGCCUAGCGGCCAGGGCCUCAAGGGCAACGAUGGAUUUCACCAGUCAGCCAACAACGGCACCGCUAAUGGACAUGUGGAGAACGGACGCGGUCGCCUGGCCAACGGCCCCAACGGUGUAGCUCCCCCCAAGCCUUUCCAGGAUGGACACCAUGGACGCCCCGGCGUCAACCCAAAUGGACGUGCUGUCCUCAAGCCCGGCCAGGCUGCACCUGAUGCUGCAGCCAAUGCUCGCUUUAACGGUGGCGCCGCCCCAAAGUCAUCUGGCAAGCCAGUUGACAACACCCGCAACAGGGUUCCCCUCGCCAGCGCUAACGGCAACCUGCCAGCUCCAGUGGCCGCUGGCCCACGCGCCGCUCCAAUGCCGCCUGCUGCUGCUGGCGGCCCAGUCCGCGACGCAGGCGCUACUGCAAACACCCAUACCAGCAUCCGCCCUUCCACAACUGGUAACAACGCCGGCGGAGGCGCUGCAGAGGACGCCAACGGAGGGGACAGGUCAAGGGAGCCCCGCCGCCGUGGCGGACGCGGGCGCGGUGGCGGUGCAGGCAGGGAGGGACCCGCUGGGGACACAGAGCCCGUUCCCAUCAGUAACGUCACCCAAGGUGGAGCAGGAAUGCCCAAUGGCGAUGCGCAGCGGCCCGAGAGGUCAGGUCGGCCGCGCGGCGAUAGGCGCUCACGUGGAGGCCCAGGAGACGUGGCGGAGGUUGAGCGACUCAUUGGCGACAGCCCAGGAGCGGCCGCCGCCGCUGCUUCCGGCGACGGAGCAGCAGCCGCGGCCACCACGGCCGCUGGCGAGGCAGGGCGGGGCGGGCAGCGAGGUGGAAGGCCACGCGGCCGCAGGGGCCGCGGCGGCCAGCACGGCGGACCUGCCCAGGACGACGAUGCGGGUGGCGUCCCGGAGCAGCAGCAAGGGGCCGCGGCCCCACAACAGCCCCCUAGCGCACCUGCAGGGGAGCAGCACCAUCUGCAGCAGCACGAGAGGAAGCCCCGCCGGCAGCGGUCAGGGAGGGAGCCCAGGCCGCCGCGCGGCCAGGAAGAGCAAGCGGAGGAGAACGUGCCGCGUACGGGCGGCGAGGAGGCACAACAGCAGCAGCCGCAGCGCCCAUCAGCUGACGGACGACAGCAAGGCGCCAACGGCAGGCAGCCGCGGCAGCGCAAGCCCAGGGAGGCUAGGCCUCCUGUCGCACAAACACAGCUGCAGACGAACCAGCAGCAGGCUGUGGGUUCGGAGGCGAGCGAGCGGGAGGCGGCUGCAAGCGGUGAGGGCGGACGCGGUGGACGGGGUCCGGCGCGAGGCGACAAGCGGCGGGUUGGCGCGGCUGCGGAGUCUGGCGCUGCUGGCGAUGUUGCUGAGAUUGCUGCUGUUAACAAUCAAGAGCACAACGGCCGCAACGGUCUCCGCGAGGAUCAGCCCGAUGAGCCCAAGGUCCAGGAGCAGCCGCCGCAGCAGCCGCCAGCUCAACCCCAGGUGGUGGAAUACCAACAGUCGCGCAUCGAGCCCCCGCCUGCGCCUCCCGCCGCUGCUCCACUGCACUUCCAGCAGCCGCUGCCGCACAUGCAGCAGCACAUGCAGGCGCAGCACCAGCAGCAGAUGCAGCCCAUGCACAUGCUGCCUCAGCAGCAGCAGCAGGCUGCCCCGCCGCCACCGCAACAGCAGCACAUGCAGCAGUACCAGCAGAUGCCGCCCUUCCCGCAGGACGCCCAGUCGCUUAUGGAGUUUCCGCCGCAUCUGCUGCAGCACAUGCUCGCCCAGCACCAGUACCCGCCGCUGCAGCAGCAGCAGGACUUCCAGCACCCGCACUUCCUGCACCAGCCGGCACCGCCGCCGCCCCCGCAGCAGCACCAGCAGGCGCAGUUCCAGCUUGCUUUUGACCAGUAUCAGCAGCAACGCCUCAUGCAGCAGCACAUGCAGCCGCCCGCUGCUCAUCACGGCUACCUUGGUGGCCCGUUCAACCCACCAGGCGGUCUGCUGGCCGGCGGACCGCCGCCCAUGCCUGCGUAUUACGGGGGCAACGGCUUUGGUCAGAUGCCUCCACCGCCCCUGCCGGCUUUUGCCGGUGCCCCUACGCCGCCCAUGCCCCAGUCGUCGGCGUCCGCUUCGGCUGCUGGCUCACAGCAGCAUGCGCUGGCACCAAGCCCCGUUCCAGAGGAGCCGGCGGCGCCGGAGGCCCCCUCGCCACUGCCCCAGCAGCAGGAGCAGACGACUUCUGCGUACCAGGCCGCUCCUCCGCCGCAGGUGAUGCACGAGACCGUUGCUGAAGCUCAGGCGCAACAACAGCAACAAGCACCGCCGGCUGCCGCCGCGCCAGUCGCCGCCUCAGCGCCCGCAACAACCGAGGUGGAUGCUGCUCCCGCGCCUGCCCCUGUUACCGCUGAGGCAGCACCGGCAGCAGCUCCGUGUGCUGAGCCCGUGAAGAACGAGUGGGCGGAUCGACUGGCGCAGCAGGCGCUUGCGCGCAUGAAUGCCGUCAAGUCGAGCCUUAUCAGCGGUGGAUCCGAGGAACGCGGCCGCUCAAGCACCGUGGCACCGCCUUCAAGCCGCUCCUACGCUCCACCGCCUUCCCGUGCAGCGCCUUCUCCUGCCAACGGCAACGGCUCAUACCCAGCCGACUCCGAGGCAUGGCGUGGUGGCGCCGGCGGCGGUGGCUAUGGCGACGUCGAUAUCGGCGGUCGCCGCGCCGCUGCGACGGCCCCUGCAGAGGCAUGGCGUGGUGGCUCUGUCGGCUCUUCCGCGCCGCCGGUUGACUGGCGCGCCAGCCUGGCUCCCACAGGCGUCGCAGAUGCGGCUGACGCCUGGCGCCCCCGCGGCGGCUCCGCUGAGGAGGAGGCCCCUGCACCCCCCGCGCCUGCGCCUGCACCGUACCAGCCGCCUCGCCGGGAGGAGUCGCCGCCUCCGCCGCCAGCGAACACGGGUAGGCCUCGGCUGAAUCUCCAGCCGCGCACAAAGCCGCUGCCCGUACCGCCAGUCCCUGCUGCGGCGGGCCCUGCCGCAGCUCCUGCUCCCCCGGCGGCUGCUGCUGCUAAUGCUCAUGCUGACGUGCCAACGGCAGCAGCGGCGAACGGGGGCGCAGCUGGUACGGCAGCUCCCGCGCCAGCUCGGUCAUCGUCUAUCUUUGGCGCCGCCAGGCCGCGAGAGGAGGUCCUUCGCCAGCGCGGCGUCGCAGAUCCGGAGCGCGUGACCCAUGGGUCGGUCUUGUCUUCGAACGGCGUUACGGCAGGCGCCGUCGCUGCCCGAGCGGGCGUUCGCUCGAGCAGUGUGGUUAGCGCCAAUAGCGAUGAUGACCAGUGGCACACGGUCGGCAAGGGCGGUCGCAGCAAGCCGCCGCCUGCGUCGGCGGACGUCGGCAACGCGCUGCUAGACGCGGCGUCGGAUCCCUUCUUCACAGGCCGUACGACGACGGGCCAUGGUGUCGCGAUUGUGGGUCGCAUGUACGGCAACGGUGCGAGCGGACACUACGGCGGCAGCAGUUACGGCAAGGGAAGUUACGGCAGCUACGGCAAUGACACGUACAUGAAUGCCUACGGAGCGAGCAGGGGGUACGGCAAUUCGUACGGCAAUGAGGACGACGAGCCCAUCUUUAAGCGCGACCUGCCGAAGCGUCACGAUGGGGUCUUUUAAGACGAUCGGCUGUGAGAGGGAAAGAGGUGGUGAAAACAUGCUGGUGCUGAGUGGGGAGUUGCCAUCUUCAUGCGCCUCCAAUGGUGCCCAUUCCUGCUUGUAGUAGGAAUGUUGUGUAUGGAAGGCCAUUUUUGCAAGGGAUUGUUCUGCUCCGGUGUUGGCAGCAUGUGGUGGCUGUCGUACGUUUGCUGGAUACCUCUGUUUGCUGGUAACAUUUGGUGUACGUAAUUAAAGUCUGAGAGAAUACUGAAGAGCUGUCGUACACAAGGCGGUAGAAGUUGCGGAUUCGUCAAGGACGGCCCGGUGCAUUCAAUGCGCUGCAUGUUGCAGGCUAUAACCCUUGUCUUUCAACACAACGAGCCCUGAUUGUCGAACGAGCAUAGCUGCGACGGUCUCUUGUAAGCAAGCAAC